UGCGGCAGUUUCAACAAGACCGGAAGUUUUUACCGAGAGUGCAGUUAUGGGCAUAAGGAAUGAGGGGCGAGGUUUAAAAGUAUGGCGGACUUUACGGAGGAAUUUACUUAAAAGCUUACUGGCUUGGUUAAAAUUGUGGGCAGUUUCUGGGUUGGUUUUUAAGAUUUUAGCUUUACAAGGUUCGGCAGUAGGGUCAAAUUGGUUAGCUCAUCUCCUCAACCAAGGCUUUUUAGCGGUUAAAGGCUCUCAGCAAGGGUCUUUUUGGUCUCAAUUAGUAGUAAAAGCGGAUAAAUCCUGGCGAGUAGUGUUAAAAGUGAGGGUUAAGAAUAAAAGUGGAUGGGUUUCCGCGGUUCCUUCAAAGUUAGCUUCUAUUUUGUCUUUAAAAAGA